GAGCCGGAAGAGAAGGUGACGUCACCGGCGUCCAUCUUGACUCAGCUCUUCCGCGAGCCUCUCGGUCUGCCCCGCUCCACAGCCGCGCCGAAUCGGAGGAGAAUCCCGCCGCCGGGGUGCCAUCAUGCCCGGACACCUGCAGGACGGCUUCGGCUGCGUCGUCACCAACCGCUUCGACCAGCUGCUGGACGACGAGUCCGACCCGUUCGAUAUUUUAAAGGCUGCAGAGAGCAGGCGGAGAGACGCGGCCGCCGCGGCCCCCAAACCCGCCGCUCAGGCCGCCAGGCAGCCCAAGAAGGAGUCGCAGAAGGAGCGCAAGAACCCGCCGCCGGAGAAGAAGGACGAGCCGCAGCCUGCUGCCGCGCCGCCGCCCAAGAAAGACGGAGGUGUGAGGCGGGUGGGAAGGAAGCAGCAGCAACAGCAGGACCAGCAUGGACAGAACACUCCCCACCAGCAGGGGGCGCCAGGAGAUCGCAGACCGGAGAGACGAGUUCCACGAGAGCGACGUUUUGAAAAGCCACCUGAGGAAAAACACGAAGGAGGAGAAGGCAGCGUAGACAAGUUUUCUUCCCUCAGGCCGGUGGGAGACAGACCACCGAGGGGUCGCGGUGGAGGUCGCGGCGGUCGAGGAGGUCGUGGGCGGGGAAUCGGACGACCUGACGGAUUCGACUCCCGAGGAAAGCGUGAAUUUGACCGACACAGCGGAAACGACAAAUCGAGCCAGAAAGUGGAGGAGAAGCGAGGAGGAGCUGGAACACACAACUGGGGCAACACCAAGGAAGAAGCCAGCGAACUGCACCAAUCGGCCGCACCUGAGGCGCCCGCGGAAGGGGAGGAGCCUGCUGCACCCGUCGACUCGGAAAACAAAGAGAACGAGGUUGAGGAAGUGAAAGAAGAAGGCCCGAAGGAGAUGACGCUGGACGAGUGGAAGGCCAUGCAGAACAAAGAGCGGGCGAAGGUCGAGUUCAACAUCCGCAAACCCAACGAGGGCUACGAGGGACAGUGGAAGAAAGGAUAUGUCCUGCACAAAUCAAAGAGCAAAGACCUAGCCAGGCCGCCUGGAACUCUGAUUGAAGCCGGAGAUGCUAACGCUGAGUCACUCCACAAGGGCGCCCCUGAGGACGGCUCAGGCGACCACCACUUCCGCAAACCAGCCAACGACAUCACCUCCCAGCUGGAAAUUAACUUCGGAGAUUUGGGACGCCCCGGGCGUGGCCGGGGGGGCUCCCGGGGUGGCAGAGGGGGCCGGGGAGGUGGGAACCGUGCAGGACGUGGUGGGGGCAGGUCUGAGAAGGGAGGUGGAGUGUCUGUUCCCAACGUGGACGACCCCGAGGCGUUUCCCGCCUUGGCCUAAACCCCUGACCUUUGACCCUUGAGCCCCACCUUGACGAGGCCUGCAUGCUUAUGGAUCCUUCGACUAUAGAUAUGAUUUAAAAAAAAAAUCCAACUUGUAAAAGAGAGACUGUGGUGUAGACCGUAGUGAGGACUGAAACUCCACCCCCGCCCCGCCCCGCCCCGCCCCCGUGUUAACGGACUUCUCUCGUUACACUGAAGCUAAUUCUCCAUAGAGCUUUUGUAUUUAGAGACAGGAUAGCUAGCAGGGACGUUCCUACAGUAUUUUAUUUGAUUCCUGGUUUGAUCGCUGUUUGAAUGUACGGCUUUUUCCCAGCAUAGCGUUUUCAGAGUGAGGUUUAAGCUUUCUCUUGUUCUCCUUCUUUUUUUUGGCGUAUUUUAAUAUAAAAUUUUUGCUUGUUUUUUUUAGCAAAAGGAGAACGGGUGGGGUUUCGUGCUAAUUUUACUGUUAUUGACGUACAGAAGUAACGUAUCACUUUAAAUAUUUUAAACAAAGCUCUGAGGUCAAGUUUGUUUUCCUGUUUUUGAUUUAUUAAUUGUUUAUUUUUUGCUUGGCCUGUAGCAAAACCGUAAAUAUGUGAAUGCCUCGUUCUUUUGUUUAUUUUUUCUUCUUCUUGCUUUAUUUCUUUCUAUCUGUCCUUUUUAUCUCAGUCAUUGUGAAUGUUCUGUGUGUAUUUUUUUCCUCUUGUUUUCUUUCUUUUUUUUAGGCUGGUCCUCUCAUAUGUCAUCUUGUACAAAAAGAAAAAAGUUGGGAACACUUUUAAAUAUGUGUGUGUGUUCGUGCAUGUCCUGAUGUUGCCAAGUGGGCGAAGCUUAAGUCUACCUGUUGUAAACUUUUGCUAGCCGUGUACUUAAACUCGGCGUGCACUUCUGUGAGCGGUAUAGUCCAGCGUUACGUUGGAGCGUCAUAGCUGACCUGCUCAACCAGUCUUGUAGUGAAUGGUUGGUUAACUUUAACUUAAGCUAACCUGUGGUGGAAUCAGGACGGGUGUGUGUGUGUCUGAGAGAGAGUUUUGCGUAGACAGGCAUGUUCUGUGGUAAUCGCGUAACCAGAUUAAAAAAAAUAAUAAUAAAAAUUUAUAUUGGCGUGGAUCUCAUCAUGACGGUGGUGACACGUGUUCCAGCUAGUUUGUGGUGUAAAUGACCGGUGGUUCGAGGACCGCCCUCCUGAGGUAUAAGCGAUUAUCGCACGCACAUGCCUGUACACGAGUCACCAAGUUCUCUAACCUGAAGUUUUUAUCUUUAUUAUUAUUAUUAUUAUUAUUAUUAUUAUUAUUGUUGUUGUUCUUGUUAUUGUUCUUGUUGUUGUUCUUGUUACUAUUAACGCCUCAGCAUGCUUAGUGUGGAGACUCCGUCGUCUCACCUUACAAUUUUAACGACUGUUUCCAUGGCAACAGGACGAAUAUUCGUCGUUCCUUAAAGGCGUGGUUUAUAAAAGAAAGCUAGUCAAAUGUUCACGCGCCAACCCUCCAAAACCGAUGACGUCCAUUUCCUUCAUGGGGUUCUUUAUUUCAUUUGUGUGUGUGUGUGUGUGUAAGAGAAACCCAACCACAUUUGUCUCUACACGAAGCACGCCGAGGCUUUUAUUCUCUAGCGCUGAUUGUUGACAUAUCUUUGCACUUAGAUAAAAGGUUUUUGUUGUUUGUUUUUGUUUUUUUUAGCUAACAAGCACAUGAUCUGUCCCUGUUUUAUUCUUUUAAUUUUUUUAAAUAUUUCCAGCAGCACUACUCGAAGAACAUGCUUGAUUCAGGGUGAGUGCGUGCGCGAGUGUGAGAAUGAGAGUGUGUGCGAGAGUGUGUUUAUGAAUGUGUGUGUGGUUUAUUCUGAACUUAGGAGUGACAGUAAACUGGAGGACACUAGGACAUGUAGGAGUCCUCGGACAGUGGGAAACUCCGUAACUCUUUGUAGGACUUUUGGUUUCUGCGGAUGUUCUGCAUUCACACGUCCCUGUUCAAUAAACUUCCUACAGGUGUUAAUGUCACAA